CCAGGGUGCUCAGUAUACAGAUGGGACCCAUCAGUUGGUGUGCUGUGGCGGAGUCUUGUUCUUUCUAUCUUCUCUGUAGACGUGAAGAAUGAAGGAUUUGACAGCUGCUGGCGUCCCUAGCGUGCCGUAAUCAGUGGGUAUCGCUGCUGACUGGCGACGGUAUAAUCUGGUUCCAGGUUCAGGAGUCACGGGAUACGCCAAAAACUGCCGUACGUUUCGUCGCCCUAUCUGACAAAAAAUCUUAAGCUAUAGAAAAAUACAAAGGACACUGUCACUGCUACGACAAGACCGAACUGCAACAGGAAGCAGAGAACCAUGAACGCGAGUAAUGUGACGUUCCCGCCGACUGGCAUCGCCGCACCUCAGGGUGGUGCCGGGCCGAUCGUCAUCCUGGUCCUAUCCCUGUUCACGGUCUUUACCAUCGCCGGAAACCUGCUGGUCAUCGCAGUUGUGUACAGGGACAGAAAACUCCGGACAGUUACAAACUACCUCAUUGUAUCCCUGGCCUUCGCGGACUUACUCAUCGGGAGCCUGGUCAUGCCCUUCGGCAUCUCCCUGGAAGUUACGGGAGGGGAGUGGCUGUUCGGGAGGUUGUGGUGCGACAUUUGGCACUCACUGGACGUGAUGGGCAGUACGGCGUCCAUACUCAACCUCUGUGCAAUCUCGCUGGACAGGUACUGGGCCAUAACCGAUCCGGUGUUGUACCCCUGCCGGGUGACAGUAGGACGAGCCCGUCUGAUGAUCGCCUUAGUUUGGCUGUGCUCGUCGGCAAUCUCCUUCCCAGCCAUCGCGUGGUGGCAGGCGGUGGGCGACCCGGGCUCCCCCGACCACCUGUGCCUCUUCACGUCAGACACUACUUACCUAGCCACCUCCUCGUGCGUCUCCUUCUACGCACCUCUCCUCAUCAUGCUCUUCACCUACUACAGGAUUUACAGAAUCGCCGCCCGCCAGAGAAAGAGCCUCAUGCAGGGUGUGAAAGUGUUCGAUGCUGACGGGAAAGACGGGGAGAGUUUUUCCUUACGUGUCCAUCGCGGCGGCGGCACCGGGAGGAAAGAGUCGCUGGUGCCCUACAACGGGGCUGUGUCGAACGGCGAAAGACUCUCACAGGCCGCGAACGACAAGAAACUGCGACAGAUCAAAAUUGCCAAGAGGUUGCAGAAGUUUACAAAAGAACACAAGGCGGCGAAGACACUGUCUAUAGUGAUCGGCGUCUUCAUUCUCUGCUGGCUGCCCUUCUUCGUGCUCAACAUCAUCAUCAGCGCAUGCUCUUUCCAGUGUAUCGACGGAGUGGACUUCCUCUACGCGAUAUUUACCUGGCUCGGCUACGUCAACUCGGGAUUCAACCCUAUCAUCUACGCAUGCUCCAGCAUGGAGUUCCGUAGGGCGUUUGCUAAAACCCUGUGUCAGUACUGCCCCAAAGGACUGUGCAAGCGCAGAAACUUCCCCGGACAUUCUGUCCGGUCGGCCUUGGCCACGGUCACAGUAGAGAUGCUCCAAGGUGGUCACAACGAGGAAAUGACGAACAGUUCCGCGCGAAGGUACCACCGGAGGACCACCAUAUGACUAUCUAUUAAGAACAAUAACAACAGAGAAACAAAGCUGGGUAUGUCAAAGUUAUCGACAGUGUAGAAUCAGUGUGUACCUUGUAACUACAAUUUGCAGAUCUAGAGUUCUCCGCAACCAAUACAUCUAGCACAAGUCUAAUUCGUAUGAUGUAUUGACAUCAUAAAACUUUGUUUCGAGAAUACUAAUUGUUUAUGUUUCAAUUGCGAUCCAUUUCUCCUUCCUCUUCUUUCUGUACGGCUAUGCCGACUGUUUUCUCGGUUUCUUUUAUAGAGGUAUCGUAUGUAUAGCUCUGAACGAUCUUGUAGUAGACCGCUGACACAGGUUUGAUACUUAUUUCAUUACACCAGACAUAAUUACUGUUUUAACGGUUUUAUUGAAAGCGACGAUAUGUAUGUUCUUAUUGGUAAUAACAGCGCCUUAGUUUUGAAAUUUGAUUGAAGUGACACGUAAUUGGCCAAUCUUGUACCAAAUGAUUUUUCAUAGUCGUUGUCAUAAUGUGUAAAUGUUACAGACGUGUCAUCGGGGCAACAGGAUAGAUCUAUGUUAUAAAAAGGGACUUUUUGCAAUAUCCGACAAUACCAUUUGUUAACAACAUGAUAAUGAAAGGUGACAAUGGCUAGAAGCGUACACCAACUCCGUGACGUGGUGUUUCAGUCCGGCAGCUGUGUGGUUAUAGUGUGUCAGAUGUAUAUGUCUGUACGAUUUUCGUAAACAUAGCACAGACUUUCCCAGGUGUUCAUGGGAUGUUAGAUAACUGUGUACAGGAUUAUAGCCUAAGAUUGGAUAUUUCAAUGUGGAUCGUUGACAAAGUUCUGCAUGCUUAUUUAGGAUUUUUGUGAGCUGUAAGAAAACGAGGGAAAUCACAUUGUGGAAGAAAUCGUUGCUUGCACUGCGGAAUAUAUGACGUGAAGAAACCCCAUGUAAUUUUCAGACAUAAGUGUUCAUGACAUACACCAGUAGGCGUACUAAUGAUGUUGGCCUCGAUGAAAAGUUGGAUCUCUCCCCGUGAAAGUGAAGUCACGUGUGCAUUAGAUUUUCUACACGCGCCUUGACAAUCUAAUUUGGCGGGCCCGAUGUUCAGAAAACUGACGGCAACUUGGGAACAGAUUCAGAAUACAGUUAGAAAAGCCUAAUAUGGCAAUGGUGUGGGGAUAGGAGCGAGUGAGACAAGCUUAUUUUUGUUCGUUAAUCUAGUGUCACGAUGUCAAUGACCUACGACCAAAAUUGCUGAUUGUCUGAUCAGCAUAAGGCCUACUUAUUGGUGUAUUAUGUCCUUUAAAGCUAGCAGACGUCGUGGGGAGCUAUUUUCCUGCUGUGUGACGCCAUGUUGAAAGAAAACGAAUCAUCGAAUGAUACAACGCAAUGUGCAUAAAUUUAUUGUGGAGUGAAGUGGGUAUGGGCGAUGAGUAACAUAAAAAGAUGAGAGAUUACAAUACGACACUAAACUUUCUUCCAAAGGUAUAUAUGGAUCAAAUUUUCAACUGCUGUCGCCUUCUUCAGGAUCAAUGAUGGUCAGUCACUUCCAAACGUAAACUCUCGAUCGAAAGUUACAAACACGCGACCUUAUUGGCACGUGAUCUUGCGUAUGCGUGACGUCAGCAAUUGGUCAAACGUGUAAAGAAUUUUACAUCGCCCGCCGUUUUGUUAGGUGAUGGCUGGGAACGGUGCUUCUAGCGUUCCUAGCAGGCUCUACGAGUCAGGUUUUUCUUCAGGUAUAUCAGUUCUUCGUGGCACUCGGAUUCUUGUAACUAGGCCUCCUUGGCUCAGCCCUAAGCAAUAGGAAAUUAUAUGUCAUUACACAAGAAAAACAGCCGACUUGCUAAAGGAGGCCAAUUAGCCAAUGGUAAUGGCCUGACUAUUAUAAAAAUCAAGUCAAUUACCUUGCAUAUUUCAAAGCUUGGGAUGGAUAGCUACCAUAUGUGCACAGCUGGUACUGCAUGGGGUUAACCUACUUUCUGUGUCGGUAAUCAGGGUUUGUACAGGACGAGGUACAUGGCAAUGUUGUUUGCUGUUCAAAGCUCAGCGUGUAAAUACUACAGAUGUAAAAAUUUAUGUCCUACAGAUAUUCUAUGUGUUAAGAUGUAUGUGUUAUUUCAAGGAUGUAACAUCCCAUUAACUGUAGUUUUUUGUACAUUUUGCUAAUGUCACCCAGAAAUAGAAACCAGGAAAGGAAAGUUCAAGGAACUGGAAUAGAAAAUUGAUUUCGUCUCUUGUGCCAUCGAAUAGAAUAGAACUUCCAAACGAUCUGUGUACACGAGCUCACAUCGUCACCCGUCAAAUAUCUCUACGUUUUAUUUCUGAUGUUAUGUAUGUACAAUAAUGGUGAAUUUUGUAUGAAAUGUUUAUACUGAUACCAGAUGUAAAUGUAUGUGAGUACAAACUGUGUACAUUUGUUCAUCGUGUUGUUUGACUUCACGUACUUCUGAAGAUAGGCUGGGAUUCAGUUCAACUGUCUCCAUGUUCAACAGGUGGCGUGCACGUGUCUUCAUUGGUCUAAAAUUUGAUUGGCGGCUUGUGGCUUGAGCACCGUCGCUAUGGUAACUGCCCAUUAGUUGUUCUCAGAGGCGACAAGCAAAGCAGUCACGCGGCUUCAGUAGAUUGAGGGCCGACCUUUCAUUAACUGAACUGAAAUAAUGCUACGUCCCAACAUGCGUUGUUAUCAGUACUCUUUGUUGUGUAUAAAGCACAUCAAACAAUAAUUUCCUUUGACUUUAGAAUUCCAUCUGAUAUUUGCCUCCUUCACUGGCU